AAAUCGAUGCUACUGUCGUGAUAUCACCGUGCGGCUUUUCUGUAAACAAACGGAACUGUGAACUCCGUUUUGCUCAACAAGGAAUUCAACUUCACUUUACUUUACAGCUGUUAACGCCCUCCAUUGAGACUGCUUGAAAUCAAGGUAUGUAGGUACUUUACUGCUGGUUUAUAGCAAUACUACAGUGACAGUAACUUAACUGGGUUGGCUGAUAAGAAAGACGGCAGACACGUCUCCCUUAGCUCUGUUGUCUGGAGUAACUUCACAACUGUCGUACUGCAACAGUCAUUUAUUUCACGAAUAGCGAAAUUAAAAAAAUGUGUCUUUCCGUCUGAAAAUUACUCUCUCACUAGCUUUCAUUCAACUUUAGUAACUUAAGUGAAUUUCUUCUGUUUACAGCUGGUCACAUCCCAGGGGUGUGUGCAGUCUGAGGAUGAGUUCCUGGCAGCCCGUUACCAACCUUAAAGAUUAUGUAUCCCAGAAUCCUCCUGGGGUGACAUUUUUCCUAUGUCUGUUGACUCUGGCUGUCACUUUCAUUUGCCUCAGCUCUUACAGCUACAGUCACGCUGUGCCUAACCCUGACACGACUAAGGUAAGACGUGUUUAUCAAAAUCCAUUGUUACAGUGGAGUUUGCCCUUGAAAGGUGUCUGCUUAAAAUGGAAUUGAUCUAUAAAUACAAGUUUGCCAGUUGUUAUUUUUGCUGUUGUGUAAACCAAGACUGGAAAAAGAGAGGUAGGCAGUGUUGUGCAGGUAGUGACUGCUGGUUUAUUUGUUCAUCUGCAUGUCCUGUGUGAGUCAUGCACUUUAUUCUCUUCUUAGGACUGGAACCACCUACUGUCCUCCUUAUCACAGUUCCAGCUGUGUGUUAAGGCAAAUGCAAGUUCUUCUGAGCUGGUUUCUCCAGCCAACCCUCCACCCAUGAAAAGAGACACUUUAGUUCACUCUUCAAAGACUCCGACUGUCACCACUUUACAUCUUAAGGUACCAGUGACUGUGACAUCAAACUCUAACAGUGGGGCCCUAAAAGAUCUGGCUCUUUACACUUCUUUAAACAGCGGUCAGCUUCAGCUUGGAGGUUUGUGUUACAGGGUUCCUCAUAAGAUUAAGUAUGUCUAACCAUGAAUUGUCACCCAUGACUGAAUGUUUCUUUCCCCAGGCAAUGACACCGUUCAUGUGACUCUAGAGGCUCUAUCUGGAAAUGACACUUACACCUGCCUCACCAUAAGUGCUCCAACUCACCUCUUGUUUAUGAGCCAGUAAGUACCUACACAUUCUAUAGUGUGUUUCAAAGGUUUCUUUUUUUAAAAUGACUGACUACUUGGGUGCAUAGAAAGACAGUCACUUCAUGAAUGUGUGCUAAUAUGAAAUUAAUUUAUACUUUAAUGAAGACUUCCAUUAGAGUGCCCUGCAUCUGAGGAAAACAUUUCACCCAUCCAAGUAGAGGCAAAAAAACAGCAACGUACAGAAUCGCAAACCUGCUACAGUCUACGCUCCAAGAACGACCCUUCACUUACCAUCAUGUUAACACAGGUACAGUGAGUAACGCUUUAAAAUUAUAACAUUCUAGCCAUAACAAGUUAUCAUACCAUGUUUUUUUCCUACUGUUUUUCUGCAGGAGGAACGCACAGUGGCAGUGCGGCAUCUGUUAGAAGUCAGUGUGUGUCUUCUCGGAAUUUGUGUAAUUUUCUGUUUAGUAGCUAGUACACACUCACUUGUACGACGCCACCAUUGGAAUGGACUGGAUCUUCAAAGUGUAAGAAAUAUUCAUUCCUGCCUUGUAUUGGCCUUGUAGUUAAGGCACAUACCCCAUUCACAAGCCUUUGCUGCAUGUCUUCCCCCAUCACCUACUUUCCACAUUUCCUGGCUUGCUUCAGCUGUUCAAUCAGUAUCAGCAGACAUAAAUGCCCCAAUAAGUACUUAAAAUUUGUUAUUUCUUGCAAGACCUGUACCUUUCUGGCAAUGGUAGCUUUUUAGAGAAUACCAGAUGUUUUAAAAUGUAAUGUAAUCUAAUUUAAUGCUUUAUUGUAUUUUCAGGAGCCCUUGAUUGACAGCUGAGUUCGCCCCAUCCUGAAGAAAUCAUUUUUUGACUAAGAGAAGAGAGCAAUAUGAAAUAUCAGUUUUUGAGAAGCAGUCCACAGAGGUUAUGAUGAUAACUAUAUCAGGAGUACAACAUAUGAUAAAAAAAGUUGUCUCAAUAACUAUUGAGAAAUGUUCAAACCUGACUGACUCAAAACACCUGAGAAGAGAGCCACAGUACUUGAACUUUUUGAUCGUGCUGAAGUUUUGUUUUAGGAAACUAAACAAACGAGUCAAACAUGUGGUUUUGACAGAGAGGAGCACAUGAUGGAAUGGACCAUGGUAAAAUGGGAUGGACCCUUCUUAUGAUAAUUAUGGUAAUUGAUCAAUCACUAUCCUGUUAUGAACAGUGUAUCAAAGCAAUAACAUGCAUUCCACUAAACUGAUGUCUUCUUCUACUGAAGUAUUUUCCAGAUUUAUUCUCUCCUGCAUUCAGAUGAGAAUGAUCGUAGUUUUCUUUAAAAAACAUUUAUUUUUUCAGCCAAAAAUUCCUUAUUUUAUGUUUUUAUUAGACUGAAAUAAUAUGUAUAACACACUGGAUUGCUGUUGGGAGAUAUUUCUGUCUACAUUUUUUGGACCAAUGACCUUUGAGCGGACAAAGCCAGUUACAUCUUUUUAUGUAUUUAUGUGACAUUGAAAAUUUGUUGAAUCCAGAAAGCAGGAGUUCACACUCACUUUUUAUGAAUUCUUGCAUCAACCAAUGAUGAUUGUAUCAAUUGUUAAUCUGUAAAAAUUUCAAGAGUGAUUCUGUAUACAAUUGGUUCUCUGAGCAACAAAUAAUGUUUAUAUGUGAAAGAGAAUGGGGUGGUUGAUUCUACUGAUAUUGACUUGAUUCUGACCAUUUGUUCUAUGUACUUAUCAUGAAAAUGAACAGUGUUAUAAACUUAUAUGUUGCCCAAA